GUGAGGUAAUGCCGGAAACUUCUAUCCAACUAUAAUGUCGGUGUGAUGCGCAAAUUAUAUGAGUCUGGCCCCAGUGAGAGGUCUAUAACGCGCGGUAUGCGGUCUUCACACUGUUUCGGCGGGCAGACGGUAACGCCAUAACAUCAGGAUUUAAUGAAGAAAACACAAGCGUCUAUAGAAAUCAUCCUCUUCAGCAGAUAAUAAAUAAUAGCGUCAAUCGGAUAGUAAAAUGCUUAAGGCUUAUAACGCCGCGAUAAACUUCCCCCCGCUCCAAACUCCCCGACAGCGGAGAGUCGCAAACUAUAUUAAUGUACCAUCUUAUAAAUCAGCCUACAAUAGCCCACGAGUUACCAUCAAUGUCAGCGGUAUGCGCUUUGAAACAUACGAGGAGACCUUGGGGAAUUUUCCAGACACGCUGCUCGGCUCUCCAUCUAGACGCAUGGAGUUCUACAGCUCUGCACUAGGUGAAUACAUUUUCACUCGAGAUAGGCCAUCGUUCGACGCCAUUCUAUUCUUUUACCAAUCACGCGGUAUUCUUGCCAAACCGCCAACGGUCAGUGAAGAAACAUUUAUGCAAGAAAUUGAGUUCUACGGUUUGCCCGGUAGUUAUUACUCGGACAGCGACGAGGAUUUGUCAGCCUCGCAGGAUGAUGUGGAAGAAAUUUUACCUCUUAGUCCACACAAGCGAAAGCUUUGGCUGUGGUUUGAGUAUCCGCGGUCUUCCAAAACCGCGCGGAUUCUUGCACUUUGGGCGAUUUUCGUCAUUGUUUUUUCAACUGUUGUAUUCUGUAUCGAAACUAUUCCAGCGCUCGCGCUCAAACCGAAGACAACUUACCGGAACGUUAGCAUAGGCGGCCAUUACACCCGUGUGCCUUACAAAGAGCAUAUUGUCGAUUACUGGUUUGUUAUGGAGGGGAUAUUCGUUGCAUGGUUUACAAUUGAGUACUCUGUUCGUCUUUACUCAGCGCCAGUCGUUUGGCAUUUUGUCAAGUCCACAAUGGGGAUUUUAGACGUACUAGCCAUUAUGCCGUUCUAUGUAACCUUAGCGUUUCAAAACAGCACUGAGGAAGUGCGCUCUUUCGCCGUGUUACGUGCAAUAAGAUUAUUUAGAGUUCUACGUGUUUUUAAACUCUCCAGAUACAGCGAUGCCGUUAAGUUAUUAGUCAACACUAUAUACUCCAGUGUAGAGCAGCUUAAGACGUUAGGAUUUUGCAUCAUAGUUGCAGUCGUGGUAUUCUCCAGCGCAAUUUUCUACGCCGAAGGAGAUCCAAACAUUGCUAGCAUUCCAGACGCCUUUUGGUGGACGAUAAUCACCAUGACAAGUGUAGGUUAUGGCGAUGUGGUUCCUAUAACCCCCCUGGGGAAAUUUGUUGGCUCUUUUUGCGCCAUGAGUGGGGUGGUACUGUUCUGUCUUCCCACUCCGGUUCUGGUGUCUAAUUUUGUUAGGUUUUACCUUAAUUACGGAGAUCUUACCGAAAGGAAGCGAGCUUUUGCUCAUAAUUUAAAACAGUUAUUCCUUAGAUCAAACAAAUAAGGGGAGCGUUUUGCUUCUCUACUGAUACGGUCGGUUGGGGGUAAAAUUUAUCCAUUUAUCCAUCCAUCCCUUAGUAGAGUGUCUCAGUGGGUUGACAGCUUUUACGCCUAACGGUAAAAUUUUGGCCAUUUUGAAGCUAACGGUUGAUCUCUUUCUGUUCUAGUUAAAAGAAAAAAAAUUUACCCCAACUUUCUUUACGAAUAACGGUUAAAAUCUGUCAAAUUUUAGCCAAACGGCCAUUUAACUAUUAUUAUUAUUAACAUCAUCAUCAUUAUUAUUAUUAUUAUUAUUAUUAUUAUUAUUUUUCCGUCUUAGAGCCAACGGUUUACCCCAUUUAGGUCCUCUUAUUACUUAACUAUUUAUUUGUCUCCAUUCGUUUUUUAUCUUACUUUGAAUGCGACGUUAUCAGGUUACUGGUUCUUCAGCUCCGGGCGUAUCAUGAGGAUAUGAGAAUCAGAUAGAAUA